AUGCAGUCCAACAGUGCCAACUACAUUGACGAAAUGUAUGCUGCGUGGAAGCAAGAGCCGACAUCCGUCCACAUCUCAUGGCAGGUCUACUUCAAAAACAUGGAAAACGGCGGCGAGCCUUCGCAAGCAUUCCAGGCACCACCCACCAUCGUGCCAACGCCUACAGGUGGUGUCCCAAGUAUUGUGCCCGGAGAAGGGCUCGCCAAGGGUACCGAUGUCUCCAAUCACUUGAAAGUACAGCUUCUUGUGCGUGCAUACCAAGUACGUGGUCACCAUAAUGCAAAACUCGACCCCCUCGAGAUCUCAAAUGUCGACAAGACGAAGCCCAACGAGUUGACACUCGAGCACUACGGCUUCACCCAAGCAGACUUGUCAAAGGAGUACACGCUUGGCCCUGGUAUUCUACCGCGGUUUGCUGCUGACGGACGCGAAAAGAUGACACUCAAGGAGAUUGUUGAGGCUUGUGAGAAGCUCUACUGCGGCUCUUACGGUGUGGAGUAUGUGCACAUCCCGGACCGUGACCAAUGCGAUUGGUUGCGAGAGCGACUUGAAGUGCCUGAACCAUACAAGUAUUCACAAGACGAAAAGCGCCGCAUCAUGGACCGUCUGAUUUGGUCUGACUCGUUUGAGCGAUUCCUCUCUACCAAGCAUCCGAACGACAAGCGUUUCGGUCUCGAAGGAUGUGAAGCGCUCAUUCCUGGUAUGAAGGAGCUCAUUGACGACUCUGUCGAGCGUGGCAUUGAAUCCAUUGUCAUUGGUAUGCCCCACCGUGGUCGUCUUAACGUGCUUGCCAAUGUUGUCCGCAAGCCAGCAGAGGCCAUCUUUUCUGAAUUUGCCGGUUCGCAGGAGGCGAGUGAUGAGGGAUCCGGUGAUGUCAAAUACCAUCUUGGUAUGAACUACGAACGACCUACACCUUCUGGCAAGCGUGUGAACUUGUCGCUCGUCGCCAACCCUUCCCACUUGGAAGCAGAGGAUCCCGUCGUACUAGGAAAAACGCGUGCAAUUCAGCACUUUUCCAACGAUGAGCGUGAACACAACAAGGCUAUGGGUCUGUUGCUGCACGGAGAUGCUGCCUUUGCCGGUCAAGGUGUAGUCUAUGAGACGCUCGGCAUGCACGCCUUGCCUGGGUAUUCUACAGGUGGUACAAUCCACAUUGUUGUCAACAACCAGAUUGGUUUCACCACUGACCCGAGAUUCUCGCGGUCAACGCCCUACUGUUCCGAUAUUGCCAAGUCGAUUGAUGCGCCCAUCUUCCACGUCAACGGUGAUGAUGUCGAGGCGGUGACAUUUAUCUGUAAGCUUGCUUCUGAAUGGCGCGCUGUCUUCAAGAAGGACGUGGUGGUGGACAUCGUCUGCUACCGCAAGCACGGCCACAACGAAACUGACCAGCCAUCCUUCACACAGCCACUCAUGUACAAGAAGAUUGCCGAGCAUGCGCCAACGCUUGACUUGUACAUCAAGCAGCUGACACAAGAAAAGACCUUCACACCAGAAGACAUUGAGGAGCACAAAAAGUGGGUCUGGGGUAUCCUUGAGGAGAAUUUCCAAAAGUCAAAGGACUACGAGCCUUCUUCUAAAGACUGGCUGACCGCUGCUUGGAAUGGCUUUGCCUCACCCAAGGAUCUCGCCACAAAAAUUUUGCCGCAUUUGCCAACUGCUGUGGAAGAGGCUGAGCUCAAGUCGAUUGGCAAGGUUAUUUCUUCAUUCCCCAAGGACUUUACCGUUCACAAGAACCUUAAGCGUAUCAUUGAACAACGUGGCAAGGCCGUCGACAAGGGUGAAGGCAUUGACUGGGCUACGGGUGAAGCGCUCGCCUUUGGAUCUCUCCUUAAGGAAGGCCACCACAUUCGUGUCUCUGGUCAGGACGUCGAGCGCGGUACCUUUUCUCAGCGUCACGCCGUUCUGCACGACCAGGAGACUGAAAAGACCUUUGUCAACUUGAAUGCUUUGGAUCCUAAGCAGGCUGCUUUCGUCAUUGUCAACUCACAUUUGUCAGAAUUCGGUGCGCUUGGCUAUGAGUACGGCUAUUCGCUCUCUUCACCUAAUGCCUUGGUCAUGUGGGAAGCUCAGUUUGGUGACUUUGCCAACAAUGCACAAUGCAUCAUUGACCAGUUCAUUGCUUCUGGUGAAAACAAGUGGCUCCAAAGGUCCGGUCUUGUCAUGUCAUUGCCUCACGGAUACGACGGACAAGGACCAGAACACUCUAGUGCCAGGAUAGAGCGUUACUUGCAGCUCUCCAACGACGACCCUCGCAUCUACCCCUCGGAAGCGAAAUUGGAUCGUCAACAUCAGGACUGCAACAUGCAGUGUGUCUACCCAACCACACCCGCGAAUCUGUUCCACGUGCUGCGUCGACAGAUUCACCGAGAAUUCCGAAAGCCCUUGAUUCUCUUCUUCUCCAAGGCGCUACUACGACACCCAAUUGCCAAGUCGCCCUUGUCCGAUUUCACUGGUGAAUCGCACUUCCAGCGUGUCAUUUCAGAAGUCGACGAGAGCAUCAAGGCGCCCAGCGAGUGCAAGCGUCUCGUGCUCUGCUCUGGACAAGUCUAUGCAACACUUGUCAAGGCACGGCAAGAUAAUCAGAUCAACGACAUUGGAAUCAUUCGUGUUGAGCAAUUUAUGCCAUUCCCUUGGGAGCGUUUGCAUGAAGAGUUUGACAAGUAUAGCAAUGCCAAGGAAAUUGUAUGGUGUCAGGAGGAACCCCUCAACGGCGGAGCAUGGUCGUACGUGCAGCCGCGUAUCAAUACUUGCUUGAAGAAGACGACGCACCCAGACAAGGUUGUCAAGUAUGCUGGUCGUGCGCCGACAUCAUCGGUGGCUACUGGAAACAAAAAGUCGCAUGAGCGUGAAGUCAAGAAGUUCACUGAGGAGGCGCUUGACUUGCAGCCGCUCAUGGAAUAG